AUGUCACGAAAGUCUAAAGACUUGUCAAAUUCAGAUAGAACUAAAACUUCACCAUUGGCUCCACUACGACUAUCAAAUAUAGCCUCAACUGUACCAAAUGGUAAAAAGAACACCAUCAAAGAUGGAAGGAGAAGAUCAUCCGAAGAAAAGAAUAUAAAACCUACUUUUGCGGUAGCACCUGUGAUUACUACGACUCCUCCUAGAUCGAUCAAAAUCAAUGACUCUAACUCCAAGUCAUACCAAAAGCAUCGAAACAGUAGCUCAAAUACCAAACUAUCUGAUAUUGAGUUAAAGGACCUAAAUUCAGAUUCACUAGAUGAUUCCUUGAAUCAAUUAAUAUCGAAUGGUGAAACAUUGAUUAAAUCCGAUUCAUCUUCAUCGGAUCAUUUAUCUAAAGAUGACAUAAGAAAAGCUGGACAAUUGGCUUCAUUAUUAGUUGAUACAAGAAAUGUUCUAAAAGCAGAUUGUAAUGUUAUUGAUCCUGAACCGAAUUUGAAAGUAAAUUCAAAUUCGAGUAAUGAAAAUACUGUCUCCAAAAUAAGCAGAAAUACAUAUGUUAGAGCUGAGAAAGUAAAGACAAUGCUAGGAGUGAAAUACCUUUAUAUCGAGAGGAUACAUGAGUGGGAUCAAAUAAACGGUCAUGAGAACGAGCAUCCAGGAGUGGAAGGAGUUUAUAAUCCUUUGCAAAUUUUAAGAAACAGAAAGCUUAGAGCCAAAUAUAAUGAAUAUCCAAAACCAUUAUUAAUGAAGACCUUGCCAUUAGCUUGUAACGUUUUCAGUCGACAUAAUCAACAAAAUCAUCAUCACCACCAUCCGCAUAGGAAAAAAGACUGGCGAAUGCCAUGGGCAAUCGAACUAAAUGAACUCAUCAGUGACUCUCGAUGGCGUGUAAAUCAUUGGGAUGAAUUGAAAGACCCUAAAGGAAACUACUGGUUCAAUACGAUGGACGGAGAACGAAGGGAGCAUGAGCAUCUUCAUUCUCGUAGGAAAAAGAAGCAUAACUUCAGGAGAAGAAUUCAUGAUAGAUUGUUUGACCUGUCUGAAGAUGAGAAAUUGGAAAAAUUCUCAGGAAGUAAGAAUGGUAGACGAUUGGAACCGAACUCAAGUUCAGAUGGCGAACUUCAUAAUAUUAGUUUAUCACGUUCAAAAUCUCCUGGAAAAGGUAUAAGAUCAAAAGUGAAAAAAUUCUAUCAAGGUGAUUCUUCAUCUUCCUCCAAUGUACUAAAUCAAUUUGAUGAUCCAACAAAUGAUUAUGAAAUGCCCUAUAAUGAAGAUCUGAUGAUGACACCAACUCCACAGAAUAAAGUAAAAGUCAAUGGUUCAAACUAUCAAAUUGAUGAGGUUGAUCGUGUUGAAAAUGCACCACAAUUACUUCCACCGGCAAUUAAAAUUGAGCCAACUACACCAGAGCCCAAUACAAAAUCUGAAUCAUCAUCGCCCCAUCAAACUCAUCAACAAACCGUACAAGACGUUGAAAUCCAACCGACACAUAAAGAGAGAUCCAAUACUAAUGAUUCCUCCCCUAUAUCAAGUGCAGAUGCUGGUGAAUUAUCAAAUAGUCCAGGCAAAAACAACAAUGAGUUAAUUGACAAACACGAACAGAAUUUAGCUCAGUUGUUCCGGUAUUUAAUAUACUUUAUUGAAUCAUGCUCAAGUCGAACUCAAUAUUUAUUAUCAAUAUAUCCAAAUUAUUUGAAUUUGGUACAAAAUAAAAUCAAUGAUAUAACUACAAACUCCAUUUAUGAAUCAUUAAAUUCUAUGUCAAGUAUUAAUGAUGAGACUUUACCAGCUUACGAAGAAUUAUAUCUGGGUUUCUUGGAUGAAACUCAAUCUAUUUUGCACAUGGUCAACGAACAAUACUCCAUGAAGAUAGACACGUUGUUGAGUACUAGUGAUCGGUCGAUUUCAGAAAUUAACGCCUCAUUAUCAUUGGAACUACGAAAAACAAAUGAAAGAUUGGAUUCUUUGGAGAAUGCAUUGAUCAAUAAUUCAAAUAACUUGAAAAAAGAUAUUUUAAAUGACGCAUCAAAUUAUAAAUUACUUUACUUGAUUUUGGAAAAUAUAAUUGUGAUUUUGUUGAAGUUAGUAUGGGUAAUUGUCAAUAUUUACAAAGUUUUUGCAUUUCUUGUUAGAAUAAUAUGGAAAAUAAUAAGAAUUUUUAUCUAA